AGGAGGAGCUCCCGAGCAAAGCGGAGGUUUAUCACGGCAGUCACAGCUGCGAGCGGCCACACAUUGACGCCCCUGCUCAUUUUUACCUGCGCGCACUGCCAGGCGCGCCGACACCUGCAAGCAACUGCACUUUGCUUAUCUAGAUUUUUUUUUUUUUUUUUUUUUUCAACUCCGGAUGGAAAAGUUUUAAUUGCUUUUGGCCACACACAAAAAAAGCAAAGCAAAGCAGAGUGUCUUUUUAUUUUAUUUUUUUAAUUUUUUAUUUAAGCCGGGAGGAGACGCUUUAUUUCUUAUCAUCUUUUUCUGACUGCAGCUCUAAAUCAGCGGGACUGAGACGCCGAGCAGGGAAGACAUGAAGCUGGCGCUGGGCUCCCUCUGGACCCUUUGCUCACUAACGCUGUGCAGCAGGCAGUCUGCUGGCACUGAGCCACUUGCCGCACCAUCACUCACGCCAGGACAGCGCCGGGAAGAGGCGGCGAAAGAGAGUCAAUAUAAAUGUCUCGGUCCGUCCAACAAAGCGCAUCCACAAAACAGAAGCGGUACCUUUUGUGGACGGAUGUGGGACGGCGAGUUGUGCUGGGACCAGGCCUCGGCGGGUACUUCGGCGACACACACAUGUCCCCAGCACACUGGAAAGGUGACUAAAUACUGCGACCGAUCGGGCGAGUGGGUCCAGAUUGGAUCCAGCUGUCAGGAAGCCUCCGAGGACGGAAUAAAGGAAGUUUCCAGCUUUUUCACGGAUGUCCAGGAUAAGCCGAGCCCAGGAAGUGGAAUGAAGACUAAGAUGCUUCAAGAGAAAUGUCUCGUUAAAAUGAAACAGGACCUACCUUAUAAUAAAACAGGACUGUUCUGCGGUCCUAUUUGGGACGGUCGGCUUUGUUGGGACGUUACCCCAGCACAGACCUACGCCACCCAGAACUGCCCAGAUCAUCUAGUUGGACUCGGACCUUCAGGAACGGCGAGCAAGUACUGCGGCGAAAACGGGGAGUGGUUUCGACACCCGGAGAGCAACGUCUUUUGGACCAACUACACACUCUGCACCAGGAACUAUGACAACACUUCGAGGAAACAGAAGCUGCUAGAGAGUGAAUACAAAUGCACCUUGAAAAGAAGCCAAGACCCUCCCUUUAAUGGAACAGGCCGGUUCUGCAGACGGGACUGGGACGGCUGGCUGUGCUGGGACCAGACUGCGGCCGGAACCUACGCCUCACAAAACUGCCCGGAUUUUUUUUCAUACGCCGACUCUACAGAAAAGGCCACGCGGUACUGCGGCGAGGACGGCCGGUGGUACCGCCACCCGGACAGCAACAGUACCUGGACCAACUUCACGCUCUGUGCCGUCAACAUUCAGGAAAGGCUGCAGGGUGCGAGUGCCCAACUCUCAGGGGAGACGGAGCAAGACUUUGCUGAGGAGGCCACGGCCAGCCCUAUGGUGGAUCCAGAGGAGCAGGAUGUGGUGAGGAGGAAGAUCCUCCACAGUCAAUAUAAAUGUGUGGAGAAAAUGAACCGGGAUUCUGCUUAUAACAAAUCAGGUUUGUAUUGCAGCCGCAACUGGGACGGCUGGUUGUGUUGGGACGACACUCCCGCUGGGACCUACACCUCCCAAAACUGCCCCAAUUAUUUUGUCGACUUUGACCCCACCGAAAAGGCCACAAAGUACUGCGGGGAUGACGGCCAGUGGUUCCGCCACCCUGACACCAACAGGACCUGGUCCAACUACACACUCUGCAACGAAAACACUAAAGCUAAAUUAAAGUCGGCCUACAUCCUGUUCUACAUGGCUAUUGUGGGUCACGCCUUGUCUAUAGCCUCCCUGCUCAUCUCUCUGGCCAUCUUCUUCUACUUCAGGAGUCUGAGCUGCCAGAGAAUCACCCUGCACAAGAACCUCUUCUGCUCUUAUGUGCUCAAUUCUGCCCUCACCAUCGUCUACCUAGUGGCAGUGGUCAACAAUCCCGAGGUCGUGGGCAGAAACCCCGCAGGGUGUAAGGUGUUGCACUUCUUCCACAUGUACAUGCUGGGAUGUAAUUACUUCUGGAUGCUGUGUGAGGGCAUCUACCUGCACACACUCAUCGUGGUGGCCGUCUUUGCAGAGGAGCAGCAUCUGCACUGGUACUACCUCCUGGGCUGGGGUUUUCCUCUGGUGCCGGCCUCCAUCCACGCCGUGGCGAGGAAAACCUUCUUCGAUGACAACUGCUGGAUGAGCGUGGAAACCCACCUGCUGUACGCGGUCCACGGCCCGAUAGUGGCGGCGCUGCUCGUGAACCUCUUCUUCCUGCUCAACAUCAUCAGAGUGCUGGUCACCAAGCUGAGGGACACGCACCGCGCGGAGUCCAACAUGUACAUGAAGGCCGUGAGGGCCACCCUCAUCCUGGUGCCCCUGCUGGGGAUACAGUUUGUUAUUUUCCCCUGGAGGCCGGAGAACAGGCUGGCGGGGGAGGUCUACGAGUACAUCAUGCACAUACUCAUGCACUACCAGGGUUUACUGGUAGCGACCAUAUUCUGCUUCUUCAAUGGAGAGGUGCAGGCCGCCCUAAAGAGACAGUGGAUGCAGUACAAGACUCAGUGGGGUCAGCGGCGGAAGGACCACUGCUCCAUGCGCUCCACCUCCUACACCGCCACCUCCAUCACGGAGGUCCCUCCCUUCAUGUACCACCAGGACAGCAACAGCGAACACUUGAACAGCUCGGAACUGGUGGCGCUGAAAUCGGGCGAGAUCCCCUGAGUUGUGAAGGCGUGACUGCCAUCCCCCAGGGUGUGUGGUGGCGUUCCAGGGGGGACAAACAGAGCUACAGGCGCUCCUAUGACUGUGUGACUGUCCUGAGACUUUUGAAGAGACGGAAAUAACUGUGAGGACAACGUUGUCCGUUCAAAAUGACGUCGAGGCGUUUUUUUUUAAAUAUAGCCUCGAUCGUCAACAGGAAGUGAACGGAAGCGCUCUAUACCAAAAGGGUACCGGGUGAAGAUGUGGUACCCUGGCACCAAGUUGUACAAACCCUGUUUACAUACGAGUUGGGAAUACAAUGAUUUACAAAUCCUUUUCAACCCAUAUUCAGUUGAAUAUGCUACAAAGACAACAUAUUUGAUGUUCAAACUCAUAAACUUUAUUUUUUUUUGCAAAUAAUAAUUAACUUAGAAUUUCAUGGCUGCAACACGUGCCAAAGUAGUUGGGAAAGGGCAUGUUCACCACUGUGUUACAUCACCUUUUCUUUUAACAACACUCAAUAAACGUUUGGGAACUGAGGAAACUAAUUGUUGAAGCUUUGGAAUUCUUUCCCAUUCUUGUUUUAUGUAGAGCUUCAGUCGUUCAACAGUCCGGGGUCUCCGCUGUCGUAUUUUACGCUUCAUAAUGCGCCACACAUUUUCAAUGGGAGACAGGUCUGGACUGCAGGCGGGCCAGGAAAGUACCCGCACUCUUUUACUACGAAGCCACGCUGUUGUAACACGUGGCUUGGCAUUGUUUUGCUGAAAUAAGCAGGGGCGUCCAUGAUAACGUUGCUUGGAUGACAACAAAUGUUGCUCCAAAACCUGUAUGGACCAUUCAGCAUUAAUGGUGCCUUCACAGAUGUGUAAGUUACCCAUGCCUUGGGCACUAAUACACCCCCAUACCAUCACACAUGCUGGCUUUUCAACUUUGCCCCUAAAAAAAUCUGAAUGGUUAUUUUCGUCUUUGUUCCGGAGGACAACACGUCCACAGUUUCCAAAUGUAAUUUGAAAUGUGACCUCGUCAGACCACAGAACACUUUUCCACUCUGCAUCAGUCCAUCUUAGAUGAGCUCGGGCCCAGCAAAACCGGUAGCGUUUCUGGGUGUUGUUGAUAAAUGGUUUUGCUUUGCAUAGUAGAGUUUAACUUGCACUUACAGAUGUAGCGACCAACUGUAGUUACUGAUAGUGGUUUUAUGAAGUGUUCCUGAGCUCAUGUGGUGAUAUCCUUUACACACUGAUGCCGGUUUUUGGUGCAGCACCGUCUGAGGGAAGUAAAGGUCUGUAAUAUUGUUUACGUGCAGUGAUUUCUCCAGAUCCUCUAAACUCUUUGAUGAUUUUUACAGACCGUAGACGAUAAAAUCCCUAAAUUCCUUGCAAUAGCUCGUUGAGAAAUGUUGUUCUAAAACUGUUCGACAAUUUGCUUACAAAGGGGUGUACCUCGCCCCAUCCUUGUUUGUGAAAGACUGAGCAUUUUUUGGGAAGCUAUUUUUAUACCCAAUCAUGGCACCCAUCUGUUCCCAAUUAGCCUGCACACCUGUGGGAUGUUCCAAAUAAGUGUUUGAUGAGCAUUCCUCAACUUUAUCAGUGUUUAUUGCCACCUUUUCCAACUUCUUUGUCACGUGUUGCUGGCAUCAAAUUCUAAAGUUAAUGAUUAUUUGCACACAAAAAAAAAGUUUAUCAGUUUGAACAUGAAAUAUGUUGUCUUUGUAGCAUAUUCAACUGAAUAUGGGUUCAAAAAGGAUUUGCAAAUCAUUGUAUUCUGUUUAUAUUUACAUCUAACACAAUUUCCCGACUCAUAUGGAAACGGGGUUUGUAAUACUUAACCAGCAUCAGUCGGCUCACGUGCCACAAAAUGUUGCAAAAAGCUCUGGAAGUGUGUACAUAAAAUUUGUGGUAUUUUGUUUCUAUGAAUAUUUUAUGAUUUGUCAUUCCAGAGUGUACAGGUAGCUCCGUGUCUGUGCUGUGACGCUGCACACUUACUCCGCUUUUUACCCACGCUAAACAUCAAAGUGCAAACUCAUGAAUAAAAGAUACGACUUAAA